AUGAAAUAUUUAAUUCCACUUUAUUUUAUACUCUUUAUAUCAUUCAUUACUAUUAUUAAUGUAAAUUCGGCAAAAAAAACACCAAAAAAGCCAACAAAAAAAACAACAACAACAACAAAAAAAACAACAACAUCAAAAAAAAUAACACCAAUUGUUAAAAGUUUUUGGAAACCAUUGAGAGUACCAUUGACUGGAAAAACGGCAACAACAUUAGGAAAAAGAGGAGUAGAGUAUUACAACAAACAACAUAAAAAUGAAAAUUUAACAUAUAUAAAUGUUACUGAAGGUGAAAGAUGUGGACAUAUAAGUACUAAAAAUAGAAAAAUAAGAGUUACAGUUUUAGUUAGAAAGACAUCUACUGGUAAAAAAGGCAAUGCUUCAUGUAAUUAUCUUCGUGCAGUAUUUAGCGAAUUUAGAAGAGGUAAAAUAGAUAUAAUAUUAGUAAAGCUACUCAAUAAAGAAGUAAAAGGAAAUUGUGAUAUCAAAGGCAAGGACAAAGAAUCACAAAAAACUACAAAAAAACCUACAAACAAAACUACAAAAAAAUCUACAAAAAGUAAAAGUAAUAAAAGCAAAAAAAAAAUUAAUUAA